AUGGAGAAAAGAUUCGAUGUGUUCUUAUGGUGGCUUGUGUUCUUAGGCUUUUGCCAUCACAUUAGUUUGGUCAUUGGGAUCAUUGAUGCAAGAAUGUUAGAGGAUCAUAAGAAUAUUGAUUUUGAAAGGAAGGAUAAUGCACAAAAUGGUAUUACAAAAACGAGCUAUACCAUGCAUAGUGCUUAUGGUGGGGAUCCUAAACCUAGCUAUGGCGGUGGAGGUGAUGGUUACGGGGGAGGAGGAGGUGGUGGCGGUGGCUUCAGAGGAGGUUCUGGUGGUGGAUUUGGAGGUGGUGGUGGGUUUGGUGGAGGUUGCGGUGGCAAUUGUGGUGGAGGUUGCCCAGGUGGUUGUGGUGGAGGUGGCGGUGGUUUUGGCGCAGGUGGUGGCUUUGAUGGGAGUGGUGGGAGUGGCAUGGGCGAUGGUGGUCAUGGUUAUGGGGGUGGAGUUGGUAGUGGUGGCAAGUCUGGCAACUAUGGAUAUGGUCAUCCUGGACCUGGUCAUGUAUAUGGUCCUGGUUCUAGAUGGGACGCUACACGCACCAGGACUAAAAUCCAUCACUAG